CCCGAGCCAACGAUUCAAAAUGUUGCAUUUCACAGCGAUCGUUGUUGUGGCGCUGCUGCUGCUGGUUGCUCCACUCACAGAGUGCCUGCCUGGAGCGAUGGAUGAGUCCGCUUUGGUCGACGAUUGCCUCACCACGAACAACAUCAGCCAAGCCGAGUUCCAGGCACGCAUCAACAUGAACAGCUCCGAGGAGGAUCUCGAGAAUUUGGACAGGAAAUACAAGUGCUUUGCCCACUGUUUGGCCACCAAGGCGAACAUUCUGGACAGUGGCGGGCUGGUGGAUGUGGCCAAGAUCGAUGAGAUGGAGCCGCUGAGCGAUGAGCGUCGCCAGGCGCUGGACAACUGCAAGCGGGCGCACGACGAGCAGGCCCAGGCGGAUGGCUGUGAAUAUGCCUUCAGCAUAUUGCUCUGUGUGUCGGAUCAUCUGGAGGGCAGCGAUGAGUCAGGGGUGGAGGGAGAGGCAUAGCCACAGAGCAAUGAAUAAUCAUUUAUAGAACUGGUUUUGAGCAAAA